AUUGGAGUUUUUUUCCUAAACUUAAUUCAUACAACAAUCUAUUUAAUCUUUAGAGAACAUUUAACCCAGGCCGGGUCUAAAUAGUGUUGAACAAAAGCAUUCUUGCAAAAGCAUCUUGCAUCAAAGUUAGAUAAAAAUACUAAACUUCAACGUCACCAGUAAAAACUACUAGGAUGUACUGAACAUUAUUCAAUGAGUUUCAUGCCAAAGGUUUCUUUUCGGAAACUGCUCAGUUUGAAGUGUUUUUCCUUGAUGAAUACCUGUUGUAGAGCGGGACAGCGCCACCUAGUGGAUAAGCACCGGAUCUCCUACAGAAAGUGGAGUUAACACCUACAAAUGACCCACUUACAGAUAGGGAGGUAUGGAUGAUAGAUGUAUUAACAGUGCUACUUGUAACAGUGUUUUAACUUCCAAUAUCAAGAGCUAUCCAAUGAUAGACGAGAACAAGCGUGGCUAGAGGGAUUAUCUAUUGUACAUGUGACCGACAAUAGAGUAAUACAGAAAAUAGUACAUGCAAAACACAAAAAAGAAGGUUCACAUGAAACAUUCAUUGGUGCACUGGCCACAGUUUUGUCAAAACUUAAAGGGUUAAUGUGAAAAGAUGAACAUGUGCCACUCUUGGGCUGGUCCUAAACUGAUGAGCUGGCAAUGUAAUUUCCUGAACAUAUGAUUUUAGAAAGCUUCUGCUAUCUGAGGGAUUUAGCAAUACGCAAGAAAAUAUCCGAAAAAACAGCAAAGAGAAGAAUGGUUUCCAUUUCAUUAUUAAGGCUCUUUCUUCUGUCUCUCACACAAGCAGCGGCUGGACCUCCGUUAUUUGAUCAUUUGGACAUGUUUGCGUUACUAGGAGAUGAUGUUACUUUGCCAUGUAGCGUACCCUCAAUCCAAUCCUGCUCCUCUGUGAACUGGAACAUGGUCGAAGAGUUUCAGUCGAUCACCGAGGUGGUGAAGGCUGGAGAGGUGACGGCGCCGGGUGGGAAGGCCCUCAGGCUCGGCCUGCUGAAGGACUGCUCUCUGGAGAUUACUCACCUGGAGCUCACCGACGCACGGCUUUACUCUUGCGACACCGGCACGCUCAAUUCAAGCGUUUCACUUCAGAUUCUUGAAGUUACAGAGAGCUCCACUCCUGCGGUGGACACCAUAGAGCUUCAUUGUUUCCUCAAUAUAUAUAGAGGACAUGCUCCAUGUAACAAAAAAGGGAUCCACAUCGAGUGGAGAACAAGAGACAACAAACCUCUAAAUGGGGACCGAUUUAAGGUUGAAAAUCCCUCUGAAUGCUUCUCUAAACUGAUCAUCACUCAAAAACCGACGGACCAUCACAGACAAUGGAAAUGCCAGCUGACCCAGGGCGACACUGUUAAAGCCACCAUCCGUUACACAACAACAAUAAAAGACGGCAUAGAGGAAGUGUUUGCUGCAGUGGGCGAGCCCGUGUCACUCUCUUGUUGGGCCACUUCUUCUCUCGGGGUGAGAGGCGGAGGGAAGUGGGCUGUAGGGGAAAGGACACUGACGCAUGAUAUGGGGUUAGGCUCACCACAUGGAGACCCGACGGAGGCAUUUCAUGUCAGUGAAGAUUCAUCACUGGUCAUCAGCAGAGUGAGCGUUCUGCACGCGGGGGACUACACGUGCACAGACUCCUCUGAGCAGCAAAGAGGCGUCAACAAAGUCCGGCUGCACACCCUCGAUGUUGUUUCGGAGCGUGAGCCGGAGGGAGAUAAUCUCACUUUAGCUUGUGUGCUUACCUGCACUAAAGAAUGUGGAAAGGACGUCACUUUGACCUGGUCUGGUAGCCGGCAGGGCCGUUUAAUGAGGGUCAACAACUCGCUCACAAACAGGUUGUUUCUCCCCGAUUUGUCGAUGGCACCGGCUGAAUUCACGUGCUCUGUGCACAGAGACAGUGAUGUGAUGGCGUCAAAGAAGUGGCACACUGUUAACCCUCUGCAAACUCCUGCGUGGGUGCUACUUCCUUUGGUCCUCCUGAUUUGUGUAACUGGACUCUACAUGUGCAACAAGAGGAAGCACCACAAGGAUGCAGGAAAUGAGCAGUCAAGUAUUGGAAUGACUCCUCUUUACGAGGUCAUCCAGGAUGUAAACAAUGAGGAUGUGCAACACCAGAGGCAACCCGAAGGAGGGACUAUCACCUCCACUGACGAUUUCUACGAUUUGUUACAGGCUGUGAACUAAAUGAAAGCUUCUUUUGACUUUAAGUCAGUUUCAAAGGGGAGCAGAUCAGUGCUCGUGACGCCGUCUUCACGACCAAACAUCAUGCUAUAGAUAUGUAUUCAAAUUGGGUAAAAGGUUUAAAAUAAAGAUGACACUUCA